AUGGCCGAAACGGAACCAAACCCCCUCGUGAUCUUCGCCACCAUCGCCGCCGUGAUCGCGUCGUUCGUGGCCCUCUACUAUGUCCAGCAGAAUAAGAAGAAGACCCCUGUGUUGAAACCCGACCAAUUCCAGAAGUUUCCCUUAAUUGAAAAAACUCGUGUUUCUCACAACACCGCCGUCUACCGGUUCGGAUUGCCCAAAUCCACCGACAGAUUGGGCUUGCCUAUCGGCCAGCACAUCUCCAUUGGUGCCACCAUCGGCGAUAAGGAGAUCGUCAGAUCGUACACCCCCAUUUCCACCGACGAUGAGUUGGGAUACUUCGACUUGUUGAUCAAGACCUACGAGAACGGGAACAUCUCCAGACACGUGGAGUCCAAGAAGGUGGGCGAAACUGUGGAGUUCAGAGGCCCCAAGGGCUUUUUCACUUACGUCCCCAACAUGGUCGAGAGCUUUGGAAUGAUUGCCGGUGGUACCGGAAUCGCCCCCAUGUACCAGAUCAUCAGUGCCAUCUUGAGAAACCCUGAGGACCGCACUAAGAUCCACUUGGUCUACGCCAACGUCACCGACAACGACAUCUUGUUGAGAGCCGAGUUGGACAAGUGGGCCAAGGAGCACCCAGCCCAGUUCAAGAUCCACUACGUGUUAAACGAGGCUCCAGAGAACUGGCAGGGGUCGGUGGGCUUUGUCACUCCUGAGAUCAUCGACGAGCACUUGCCAAAGCACACCGAAAACACCACCAUGUUGUUGUGUGGUCCUCCACCCAUGAUCAGUGCCAUGAAGAAGGCUGCUGUAUCCUUGGGCUACCCCAAGGCCAAGCCUGUUUCCAAGCUUGGCGACCAGGUGUUUGUCUUCUAG